AUGUGGAUCAUCACUGUAUCUGAGAAGGAUAUAAGUGCUGCUGUUCAACGGGUCAUUGAAACAUGUCACGGAGAAUUUGGAAAUGUAACUCUUGAUAGAGAAUACGCGGGAAAUGUCCAUCUACUAUUGUCUAAUCUUUCCUCAAAAGCCUCAGAUGUCAAGUUUUACAAAUCCACAGUUGGUGAAACACCUAACAAAGUAUAUGGGACGUUUCAAUGCCGGGAGGAUUUAAGCCUACAAGUUUGCAGCGAAUGUGUUGAUGAAGCAGUUAAUUGGAUGUAUGUAAAGUGUCCCCUUUAUAAACAAGCUGUGGUGUGGUAUAUGCAAUGUAGUUUGCGGUUUGAAAACAGUCCCAUCUCUUUCUUGAAUGACACAGAACUAUACUCUUAUUUUACGUACUUAUCAAAGCCCUCAAACCAUAGUGAGUUUGCUGCAGUAUUAGCGACUACAAUCAAUGAUGUGAUCAAGGAUGCAAUUAACGGUACAUCUCAUUUCGCUAUCAGAAAUGCACCCUUGCCCUCUUUAUCUGAGAGGUUGUACUGUCUUGCACAGUGCACUUCUGACCUAAACGGAUCUCAGUGUGCCUUUUGUCUAAAACAAGCUGUGAAUACUACAACUGUAGUUAAUCCUUUCGGUAAUGUAACAGCUUUAUAUAUGUUUAUGCCGAGCUGUCAGUUGAUGUAUGACAUAGUUCCUUUCUAUGAUGUGAGUUAUUUGUCGUCGCCUUGGCCAAGGUCAACCACACCAAAAGCACUCGAAAAUGGGCAAGAGAUAGCUGUAAAGAGGCUCUCAGAAUACUCUGAACAGGAAACCUUAGAAUUCAAGAAUGAAGUUCUUUUAGUUGCAAAGCUUCAACAUCGAAACUUAGUUAAAUUACUGGGGUUCUGCAUAUCAGAAAAGGAAAAAAUAAUUGUCUACGAGUUCCUGCGAAAUUUAAGUCUUGAUCGAUUCUUAUAUGACCCAUUGAAGUGUGCAUCAUUGGACUGGGAAACAAGGCUUAAAAUCAUCACCGGAAUAGCAAGGGGACUAUUAUAUCUUCAUGAAGACUCGCGAUUGAAGAUAAUACAUCGGGAUCUAAAAUCCAGCAACGUACUACUUGAUGAGGCAAUGAAUGCAAAAAUUGCUGACUUUGGCCUUGCUAAGCUUUUUACAGUGGAUCAAACCCAAGGGGACACCAAGAGAAUUGUAGGAACAUAUGGAUAUAUGGCUCCAGAGUAUGCAUUGGCAGGUCAAUUUUCUGUAAAAUCUGAUGUUUAUAGUUUCGGGGUCAUAAUCUUGGAGGUGGUCACUGGCCAGAGGAACAAUUUCUUUCAUCGGUCACAACAUGAAGAAGGAUUACUACACCGAGCAUGGAGGCUUUGGAACGAGAAGGCUGCACUAGUGCUAGUAGACCCUUCACUAAAGAACGAAUUUUCCAUUGAAGAAGUGAAAAUCUGCAUCCACAUAGGUUUACUCUGCAUCCAAGAAGAUGCAACUAAAAGGCCUAGAAUGACCUCGGUUGUUGCUGCAUUGAACGGACAGUCUGUUACUCUACCUUUGCCUAGCACUCCGCACUUCCUCGUAGCUAAUGUUGACACUGAUGAAGACCAGCAAAUCCUUCAUGAUCAUAUUGUUCAUGUAUAUACAGGAUCCAAGAAUAUCACAGAACUCUGUCCUAGAUAA